AUGGCGCGCGUGCUGAUGCUCAUGUCGCACUCGCACGCCCAGGACCAGGCGUUGCCACUGCCGGUCGUCGUCGCCGGCGGGCGCGACGGCGAGCGGGAGGCGCCGGAGCGGGUGUUCGUGUGCAAGACGUGCAACCGCGUGUUCCCGUCUUUCCAGGCGCUGGGGGGCCACCGCGCCAGCCACAAGAAGCCACGGCUAGACGGGGACGGCGACCCCUCGCUCGCCAAGCCCAAGUUGCACGGCUGCUCCAUCUGCGGCCUCGAGUUCGCCAUCGGCCAGGCCCUCGGCGGCCACAUGAGGCGCCACCGCGCCAUGACCGGCGGCAUGCCCAUCAUGCCGGUGGUGCCGCCGGCGACGACGACGAGGAUGGUCGUCGACAAGAAGCCGGACGGCGACGUCGUCGGCUUCAUCCACCACGACCACGGCCACGGUGGCGUCAAGCACGGCGGGCUGUGGCUCGACCUCAACCACCCGCCGUGCGACGACGACGGCUGCGACGCCGAGGUGGGGUGCGGCCACAUUAAUGCCGCCGCCGCCGCCGGGAUCACGUUCCAUCAGUUCCUCGACACUGCCACCAUGGCCGUCGACUGCCUUGGCUACUAG